AUGGAUGAUCUAACAAAAUCCGUUUGGGAUGAUGAAUUACCAUCAGAUUCUAAUAAUAUAAAUAGUAAUGAUGAUUCAAAUAAUGAUUAUAAUCCAAAUUUAGGGUCAAGUACAUUUAAUAGUUCAAUCAAUCCAUUAGUUAGUGACUUUAAUUCUUAUUCAAUUGAUGAUCCAUUUUCCAAUCCAUUCGAAGAUAAGAAACCACAAGAUUAUAAUGAUAAUAAUGAUAUUGAUAGUUCAUUUCUACGAAGUAAUACAGCAUUUAAUACUGAAGAUGAACAAAUACAUGAAUUAAAAGCUGAAGAACGUAAGGAAUUAAAAGAUAAAUUAAUAUCUGAUUUAACAAGCGGAGUAGAAGAAGAUGAUCUAUUAAAUCUGGCAACAAAAAAAUCAAAAACCAACAACAUUAAAGAAAAUGAUGAAUUGUUUCAUGAUCAAGGUUCUCCAAUAAAAGUAAUAAAUCUGGAUCAAGAAUCAAUUAUAUCCCCACAAAAAUCAUUAAAUGUUAAAAAAUUUAGAGCAGUAAGACCCAGAAGAUUUAAUUCAAAAACUAAUGUACAACAUCUUAAAGGAGAAGAAGAGAAAACUGAAGAUUUGAUAGGACCAUUAAGUAUUGCCAAUAGGAAAUUAUCAGAAAAAUCAAUAGAUAACGAAGAAAAAAAGGAGGACAAACAUGAGAAGAUUGAUAAAAACCAUAACGAAAAUGAACAAAUAAAAGUUCCAGAAUCACCAAAGAAAACACCAGAUAAUAAUGAAUUAGAAAUCACGGUGGGAGAUCCAAUGAAAGUUGGUGAUAUUACAACAGCUCACGUAGUAUAUACAAUAAGAACAAGAAACAAGAACCUCGAGUCAUCACAUUUCCCAAAAGUUGAAUCAGUUGAAGUUACAAGAAGAUAUAGAGAUUUUAGAUGGCUUUAUCAUCAAUUACAAUCAAAUCAUCCAGGUAGAAUCAUCCCACCACCACCCUCAAAACAAAGUAUAUUAGGAAGAUUUAGUGAGAAACUAAUAGAACAUAGAAAAGUAUCUUUGGAAAAAAUGCUCAAUAAUAUAAAUAAUAGAACUGAAUUAUGUAAUGACCCAGAAUUUGUUUCAUUUUUGACUAAUGAUAAUGAAGGUGUAUUUAGUGAUAGUGGAUUAGAAGAAUCAACAAUACAUGAAAAUCAAAAUCAUAAUGCAACUUCAUCUGCUGCUACAGUGGCGGCAAAUGCAGCUAUAGCUUCUACUGGGUUUAUGAGUUCAUUAUUUUCAAUAUCAAAUAAAUAUAUAGAACCUGAUCAAUUUUUCAUUGACAAAAAGAACUAUAUUGAUGAUUUGGAAUUUAAUUUAAAACAAUUUUCCAAAACUAUAGAAUUAAUAGGUAAUCAAAGACUGGACAUGGUCACAAUAUUAGAAGAAAUAGCAAUAACAUUAGAACAAUUAUCAACAUUUGAGAUAAGUAAAACAACAAGUGAUUUAUUGAAUGCAUUUAGUCAAGUUGAAUUUAAAGUAAAAGAUAAUUUAGAUAGAUUGAAUCUAUCAGAUCAAUUAACUAUAGGAUAUACAAUUGAAGAAUAUUUGAGAAUAAUAGAAUCAAUAAAUUAUGUUUUUCAAACAAGAAUUAAAAUUCAUCAACUGUUAACAACAAUAACAUCUCAAAUUGAAAAACUUUCCAAAAAACAACCAAUAUCUAGUGAACGAUCAUUCGAGAUAGGUAAAUUAAAAGAAAGACAAUCACAAUUACAAAAGGAAUUUGAUGAGAUAAGUUUUACAAUCAAGACUGAAUUACAACAAUUUGAAUUGGGUAGAAUUGAUGAUUUUAGAAAUAAUGUUGAAAUUUAUAUUGAAAGUUCUAUUGAAGCUCAAAAGGAAUCUAUUGAAUUAUAUGAAACUUUUUAUCAAAAACAUAUUAUUUAA